CGCCGCCGCGUUGCUUCGGGGCUCAGACGGAGAGUUAGUGUUGUCUCCGUCGCCUCAAGGCAGCCCGGGGGCGCGGGGCCGAGCGGGGAUCGCGCGGCGGACUGACCAUGGGACUGCGCGGGGCCCGGUGACAGCAAGGAGCCGAGCGUCCCGGGCCCUGAGCGCGUCUCCACCGGGGGGCCUCGCCCUCCUGCUCGCAGGGCCGGGGCUCCUGCUGCCGCUGCUGGCGCUACUGUUGGCGGCGGCGGUGGCCAGGAUCAUGUCGGGCCGCCGCUGCGCCGGCGGGGGCGCGGCCUGCGCGGGCGCGGCGGUCGACGCCGUGGAGCCGGCUGCCCGCGAGCUGUUCGAGGCGUGUCGCAACGGGGACGUAGAGCGAGUCAAGAGGCUGGUGACUCCUGAGAAGGUGAACAGCCGCGACACGGCGGGCAGGAAGUCCACCCCGCUCCACUUCGCCGCAGGUUUUGGACGGAAAGAUGUAGUUGAAUAUUUGCUUCAGAAUGGUGCUAAUGUCCAAGCACGUGAUGAUGGGGGGCUUAUUCCCCUUCAUAAUGCAUGCUCUUUUGGUCAUGCUGAAGUUGUCAAUCUACUUUUACGACAUGGUGCAGACCCAAAUGCUCGUGAUAAUUGGAAUUAUACUCCUCUCCAUGAAGCUGCAAUUAAAGGAAAGAUUGAUGUUUGCAUUGUACUCUUACAACAUGGAGCUGAGCCAACUAUCCGAAAUACAGAUGGAAGGACAGCAUUGGAUUUAGCAGAUCCAUCUGCCAAAGCAGUGCUGACAGGUGAAUAUAAAAAAGAUGAACUUUUGGAAAGUGCCAGGAGUGGCAAUGAGGAAAAAAUGAUGGCUUUACUUACCCCAUUAAAUGUCAACUGCCAUGCAAGUGAUGGCAGAAAGUCAACUCCAUUGCAUUUGGCAGCAGGAUACAACAGAGUAAAGAUUGUACAGUUGUUACUGCAACAUGGAGCUGAUGUUCAUGCUAAAGAUAAAGGUGAUCUAGUGCCAUUGCAUAAUGCCUGUUCUUAUGGUCAUUAUGAAGUAACUGAACUUCUAGUCAAGCAUGGUGCCUGUGUAAAUGCAAUGGACUUGUGGCAAUUCACUCCUCUUCAUGAGGCAGCUUCUAAGAACAGGGUUGAAGUAUGUUCUCUUCUCUUAAGUUAUGGUGCAGAUCCAACACUGCUGAAUUGUCACAAUAAAAGUGCUAUCGAUUUGGCUCCCACACCACAGUUAAAAGAAAGAUUAGCAUAUGAAUUUAAAGGCCACUCAUUGCUACAAGCUGCACGGGAAGCUGACGUUACACGAAUUAAAAAACAUCUGUCUCUGGAAAUGGUUAAUUUCAAGCAUCCGCAAACGCAUGAAACAGCACUGCAUUGUGCUGCUGCAUCUCCAUAUCCCAAAAGAAAGCAAAUAUGCGAAUUGUUGCUGAGAAAAGGAGCAAACAUCAAUGAAAAGACUAAAGAAUUCUUGACACCUCUACAUGUGGCAUCUGAGAAAGCUCAUAAUGAUAUUGUGGAAGUGGUGGUGAAACAUGAAGCAAAGGUUAAUGCUCUGGAUAAUCUUGGUCAGACUUCUCUACACAGAGCUGCACAUUGUGGUCAUCUGCAGACUUGCCGCCUGCUUCUGAGCUAUGGGUGUGAUCCUAACAUUAUAUCCCUUCAGGGCUUUACUGCCUUACAGAUGGGAAAUGAAAAUGUCCAACAGCUUCUGCAAGAGGGUAUCCCGUUAGGCAAUUCAGAGGCAGACAGACAAUUGCUGGAAGCUGCAAAGGCUGGAGAUGUAGAAACUGUAAAAAAAUUGUGUACUAUUCAGAGUGUCAACUGCAGAGACAUUGAAGGACGUCAGUCUACACCACUUCAUUUUGCAGCUGGGUAUAAUAGGGUAUCUGUGGUGGAAUUUCUCUUGCAACAUGGAGCUGAUGUGCAUGCUAAAGAUAAAGGAGGCCUUGUACCUUUGCACAAUGCAUGUUCUUAUGGACAUUAUGAAGUUGCAGAACUGCUUGUUAAACACGGGGCAGUGGUUAAUGUAGCUGAUUUAUGGAAAUUUACACCUUUACAUGAAGCUGCAGCAAAGGGAAAAUAUGAAAUUUGCAAACUUCUGCUCCAGCAUGGUGCAGACCCUACAAAGAAAAACAGAGAUGGAAAUACUCCUUUGGAUCUAGUAAAAGAAGGAGAUACAGAUAUCCAAGAUCUGCUUCGGGGAGAUGCAGCUUUGCUAGAUGCUGCCAAGAAGGGUUGUUUAGCCAGAGUCAAGAAACUGUCUUCUCCUGAUAAUGUAAAUUGCCGUGAUACUCAAGGCCGGCAUUCAACGCCAUUACAUUUAGCUGCUGGUUACAACAAUUUAGAAGUUGCAGAGUAUCUCCUACAACAUGGAGCUGAUGUGAAUGCCCAAGACAAAGGAGGACUAAUUCCUUUACAUAAUGCUGCAUCCUAUGGGCAUGUAGAUGUAGCAGCUUUACUAAUAAAGUAUAAUGCAUGUGUCAAUGCCACGGACAAAUGGGCUUUCACACCUUUGCACGAAGCAGCCCAAAAGGGACGAACACAGCUUUGUGCUUUAUUGUUGGCCCACGGAGCUGAUCCUACUCUUAAAAAUCAGGAAGGACAAACACCUUUAGAUUUAGUUUCAGCCGAUGAUGUCAGUGCUUUGUUGGCCGCAGCCAUGCCCCCUUCCGCUCUGCCUUCGUGUUACAAGUCACAGGUGCUCAGUGGUGUACGGAGCUCAGGAACCACAGCAGACUCUCUGUCUUCAGGCCCAUCCAGCCCAUCCAGCCUUUCUGCAGCCAGCAGUCUUGACAACUUAUCUGGAAGUUUUUCUGAAUUGUCUUCAGUAGUGAGUUCAAGUGGAACAGAGAGUACUUCCAGUUUGGAAAAAAAGGAAGUUCCAGGAGUAGAUUUUAGCAUAACUCAGUUUGUAAGGAAUCUUGGGCUUGAGCACCUGAUGGAUAUAUUUGAAAGAGAACAAAUCACCUUGGAUGUGUUAGUUGAGAUGGGGCACAAGGAACUGAAGGAGAUUGGAAUCAAUGCCUAUGGACAUAGACACAAACUAAUUAAAGGUGUUGAGAGACUUAUCUCUGGACAACAAGGUCUUAACCCAUACUUAACUCUGAACACCUCCGGGAGUGGAACAAUUCUCAUAGAUCUGUCUCCUGAAGAUAAAGAGUUUCAGUCUGUGGAGGAAGAGAUGCAAAGUACAGUCCGAGAACACAGAGACGGGGGCCAUGCAGGCGGAAUCUUCAACAGAUACAAUAUUCUCAAGAUUCAGAAGGUUUGUAACAAGAAAUUAUGGGAACGAUACACUCACAGAAGAAAAGAGGUUUCUGAAGAAAACCACAACCAUGCAAAUGAAAGAAUGUUAUUUCAUGGAUCUCCCUUUGUGAAUGCAAUCAUUCAUAAAGGCUUUGAUGAAAGGCAUGCCUACAUAGGUGGAAUGUUUGGAGCUGGGAUUUAUUUUGCUGAAAACUCUUCCAAAAGCAAUCAGUAUGUAUAUGGAAUUGGAGGAGGUACUGGGUGUCCCGUUCACAAAGACAGAUCUUGUUAUAUUUGCCACAGGCAGCUGCUGUUUUGCCGGGUAACCUUGGGAAAGUCUUUCCUGCAGUUUAGCGCAAUGAAAAUGGCACAUUCUCCUCCAGGUCACCACUCAGUCACUGGUCGGCCCAGCGUUAAUGGCCUAGCAUUAGCUGAAUAUGUUAUUUACAGAGGUGAACAGGCUUAUCCUGAAUAUUUGAUUACGUACCAGAUUAUGAGGCCUGAAGGUAUGGUUGAUGGAUAAAUAGUUUUAGGAAGCUGACUCUGGCAAACCUAAAAUCAUCAAAGCAGCGGCUGGUCGUCUCUAAGUUUUACUCCUUUGCUGAAAAAGAUCAUCUUGUCCACAGACCUGAGGCAAAAGUAUAAAAAAUGUGAAACAAGUUUCAAAUUCUGACUUGAUAAAGCUUUAAUAAUGUACAG